GUGACACAGCGAGCUGGGCUGGGCUGGGCUGGGCUCCCUAUAAACUCAGCAACAGCAACAAACUGCUGCACAUCUGGGUAAGAAACUGGAAAGCAAGCGAUCCCGAGCUGGGCUCUGAGCAGGACCUAACUCCAGCCUCCAGCAGCAUCUUUGACGAUGACAACUCCAACUAAAACCGAGGUGGCCAUGCAGAACCUAAUGGAUGUUUUCCAUGAAUACGCCAAAAAGGAUAAGCACACCCUGAACAAAUUACAGAUGAAACAGUUCAUGGAAACGGAGCUCGGUCAGCUUUGUAAGAAUAAGAAGAAUGUUGAAUCUUUUGACAAGAUGAUGAAAGAUCUGGAUUUUGAUGGCGACGGGGAAGUGAAUUUUGAAGAGUUUGUGUCAUUUGUUGCUGGUGUAAUGUUUUCCUGUAAUGAAAUUUAUGUCAAAAGGAAGGAGCAACAAGCAAAAGAAGAAGCCUGUCAGCUCAAGAAAUGAACAGUGACUGGCUACUAAAUCUUAUGACAAUCUGUAAGAAUGAUCAGCUUACAAAUCAGGCAGCAUCCUUGCUUGCUUCCCAUCAUUUUUUUAAUACAAAAUCAUGAAAUAAAAAUGGUCCAACCAUCCA